AUGUAUAGUUUCGCUUGUAAUCUUCAUCUUGACCGUUGCGGGGGUAGCACCGUGGGUCAAGAGACACUGGGGUCCCUUCUGCGCCCGUUUACGGGAGUGUUGGAGACGCUUCUUGCCGGAAGAACCCCUGAUCUUGAGCGGCAAACUGAUGACCAUGGAGCUGAGCUGGAUUCCCUCGAAGCCCUCGAAGCCCUCGACGCCAUCGACUUGCCGCCCUCCGCCGUCCCCCUUCCUCCCUCGUCCUCCUCCUCGAGCUCAGUAGAGCCAGCCGACGACGCCGUUCCGACGCCGCUGCCUUCGUCCUCCUCGCUCCCUGCGCCGCCUGCCGCCGCCGUCCUCCCUGUCCCCCCGCCCUCCGUCGCCGCGCCGAGUUUCUCUCGCCCGUUGCCCCGCCGUUCGUCUCGAAUCCGCUCGCCAACUCAGUUCUAUGGUUAUUAG